AUGCCUCCGAAUCUGGGCUCGAACAGGAUGGCCCAGUACGCCAGGAACCCUUCCUCUGAUUCGGUUCUUCCCGAUGGAACUGCGAACCUCGCCAGAAAUCACGAAGUGGAACGGCGUUCCGCAACACCUCCGGCAUAUUCAAUCUCAAGUCACGCAAUUACCGACUCCACGAAGCUUCCUGCCCCAAAACCAUUUGCAUCUGCUAGAGCGCAUACUACACAUCUGACAACUCUCCGACAGCCUCCUCAGUCGGGAUUAUCUUCAAUGCAGCCCCUGCGCGUGCACUCUGCCGCGAACGCUCCCGAUGCUUCACCGCGAAGGCACCAUCACCAACGAGCCAACUCCCAGAGCAGCGAUAGGUCCGCAUUUUGGCCAGAAUCACAGAUCGAUAGCCAAUUCGGCUCGCCUACGACUCAACGGUCCGAGAAAUAUGACGCCGUAAUGGACAUCCACAGCCGGCUCCGCUCCCCACCGCCUACUUUCGCUAUGGGCAAUCUCCUGCCGCUGCAGACUGUUGACAAACUGCCAUACACGAUCAGCAAGAACGGUGCCAUGCGCGUUGCACACUCGAAUGAUGGCCCCGAUCUGCCUCUUACUCAAAGUGAUGGUCCUGCCUCUGUCGAACCUGCAGCUCAAAAGGAUGCCUAUUCCACUGAGCCAUAUACUUCUUCACCACAACGUCCCGUGAAACUCUCACUGCAUCCUGCAACUGUACGACGAUCUUAUGCACCUGCUGCCUACGAAGACGACCAGGAAGUCUUUUCGGACUCCCCGACAUACAAGAUCCCCAACAAUAGCCUCGUAAGGGUUGAAAAGCUUGGACAAACCCAGCCAACUCGCCACACUGCCGGGUUUCACCUGGAUGACGAGGUCGAUGGAAGCCUCGCGAGCGACUACCCUUUGAGCGAGGACGAUAAUGGCACUCCUCGAGCCAAUCGAAAGAAGGCCUUGUCUCGAGAGCCGGCCCUCGUGGAGAAUCCUCUACCGGCACCCAGCCGCACUCAGCGAAACAAUACAAAAAAGCGGCGCCGGGGCAGCUGCGACUAUGCCGAUGACGAGCUUGCAGGAAUGACGUACUCUGAGCUGCGUGAGCAACCGUUUGACGAUGACCCAACGAAGAAAUCCCUGAAAGGAAUCGGUCCCCUUACUGGUGAUAGUCUGCCUGCAAAGCUUGUCCAUUUCCAAGGCCAGCGUGAAGCAGACCAGAAGCAAUUUUUCAUGCAAAUGCCAGUCAGUGAUUGGGAACGCUCUGGCGACUGGUUUUUGGAACAGUUCAGCCAGAUUACCCAGAAGCUGAAAGCUGCCCGUCAGAACAAGCGAAACAUGGUCGAACAGUUCGAGAACGAAAUCGCAACUAGGGAGGAAGCUGUUCGUCUUCGGGCCGAGAGCAUCGCCAAAAAAUUGAAUCAAAUCAAACACAAGGGUGAAGACAUGUUGGCGGAUAAGGAAUUCUGA